CGAGACACUGGACGACAAGUCUCAGUCCCCUCCCAAGGCCGACGACUCUCCAGAACAAGAAAUUUGGAAGGCCUACAUAUUUCGCACCCUCAGCACCUUCAAGGACUCUUUCACCAUGCUGAAACCCCCCUCUCUGGCUAUCCUAGUGGCUACUGGCUUUAUGUCGGCUCCAAUUAUUUCCUGUACCAUGCAAUUCCUGACCCUUUUCGCCUCCAAGUGGUAUCACAUCCGCCUCGCCGAUACAGGCUAUAUCCUGACCUGCUACGGCAUUUUUCAUGUUGUCGUCGUCCUGACCGUCAUCCCCUGGAUCACCACCCUCGUGGUCCAACCCACGACACCUCGCCUUUUCCGUAUCGACGAAAAGCGUCGCGACUUGGUGCUGGCACGCUGGUCUUUCCUGUCUUUUAUUCUCGGCACCCUCAUCAUAGGCCUGUCUCCAUCGCUCACCGGCAUGAUCGUUGGACUGCUGAUCAUGAGUCUGGGCUCAGGCCAGGGGAGUCUGAUCAGAUCCACCACAGCGCUCUAUGUGGACCCGGAGCACAGGUCCAGACUGUAUACACUCAGCGCAAUGGUGGAGCAAUCCAGUUCCAUUUAUUCAGACCCCAUGCUGGCAGGGCUGUUUACGCUUGGCAUGAGGAUGGAUGGCGGCUGGAUUGGCUUGCCGUAUUUUGGGGUCUCGGUGUUGUGCCUGUUAUCUUAUAGCAUAUUGGGGUUUGUGAGAGUGCCCAAUGAUGCGACUGAUGAUGUGGAGUCCGAAUCCGGCUCUGAUAGGGAGUGAGGAGUUCAGGUCCGAGUUGACAGUUAUCAGGCAUGCCGCGUAACGGUCAUUUGGAGCGUCAGUUGCGCGUCGGUCGCCAUCAGAGAAAUAAUUGGAAUGACGACAUAUCGACGUCUCCAUGAUAUAAAAUUAUGGACUUUAUUAGUCCCUUUUUACAUGUAAAAUUGAGCGGGCUAGAAAGUAGACUUGAAAAUAAACCAACUCCACUAUAUUCAACAGUUGGCUACUAGAAAUUAGGUAAGGCAGAGUAAAACUACA